AUGGUCGAGACGCCGAGCUACAACGUCCGCUUGUACCCGGACUUUGAAGCUUCUGUCGAUCCCAGAUACGGCGCAGUGUACGCAAAUGCAAACGCUCCUCCGAUGACCACGGCCGAGUCGGAGCGUUGGCCAUUGACAUCGGCAGCACCACCGAUGUACACCCCACAUGACCCCCGCAACGGUUACUACGUUCCUCCGUCUUAUGGAGUGCUGUCUCCAGAACGCCCCUGUCAUCACCACAGCUCUCACCACCGUCACCGUCACUGCCACGAACAUGGCGGAUGCAAUGGCCAAGGCUUCAUCUGUUCAACAUUGAAAGUUGGACUCUUUUACGUACUCAACGGUAUUCUGGGGAUUGUCGCUUUUGUCGCUGUCAUUACUGGCGUUCACGUUGCGAUCGGACUGAUCCCGCUAUGCUGCGUGGGUCUGUUGGUGUUCCGCGGUGUAGUUGUCUUGGUGCAGUGGUUAGCCAAGCUAGACGUGAAGCUGAGCAACUACAAUUGGCGUAUUUUUCGCCCGUGUCGCUGCUUGGCGCACUUUACUUCUCGACAGUCAAGUUUGUUAUAG